ACGAUGUUAAUCACACAAUUCCGCUGAGCUUUCCCUAGCCGUAGCCUGGAAGGCCCACUGUUCACGGGCUAAGUAUCUUCAUCGGAUAAUUUGCUAUUCGCGGACAACCACAGACGGCCAUCCAGGCGCUCCAUCCUAUCCGGACAGAGCAGAGUUUAUGCGCUUAUUGGAAGGCGGAUUGGCGUGAUAUUUGGGUUGGAUGCGAAGAAGGGGAGGCGGAGGAAGGCUGAAUGCAGAAAGUUUGUGACACGUGGCGCCAUCAUUGCCGGGUAUCGGCAGUUGCAACUCACACUUGGACUCCUUGGACAAUCACGAGCAGUCAGGAGACAGAGAGCGAGAGCGAAUUAUGCCUGCGUCGUCAUCAGCGCUCCCUCUCAAUGUGACCCCUUCACCCGCACCAUCCAGAGCAGCAAACACAACGCCAGCUGCAGCACCAGGAACGACAACGCCAGCCAAAGCGACAUCCAAUCCAUCGGACAUAUCCAGUCCGCAUGAACUGACCGCUUUUGUUGAAUCGCUCUUGGAACAGCUAGACGCCAAAUUUGACGACAUGUCUGGCCAGAUGCUUGAGCGUAUGAACCAGAUGUCUACACGUGUGGAUGCGUUGGAGGCUGCAAUACAGGACAUCAUCAACGGGGAUGCGGGGGCAAAUCCGCCCAGCAUGCCACAAUCACCAUCCACCAGUCAACGACGAGUCGCUAGCUCGUAGCCAACGUACAACAGCAUGUUGGAGCAUUCAAUAUCAGUUUUUAUGGUGAGGCGCACGGGGAUUUGGACUACGCAUAUGAUGUGCAUGCAGGCGUCUGCAUAAAGUAUAGGUGUUGCACUCAUUUGUCAGGAAUAUACAAGCCGUGACCCACUGCAGCCGAUGUUGCAUCUCGAAUCUCAUAGUCAAUGAACGACAUGAUCGCUCUCUUAUAGGACUUCCUUGUAUACGUAGCAUAUUAAAAAUCUUGUGAGCCG